AGUUGGACGCCCCUGCUUAUUUCAGCAAGACAAUGCCAAGCCACAUUCUGCACGUGUUACAACAGCAUCGCUUUGUAGUGAAAGAGUGUGGGUACUCGACUGGCCUGCCUGCAGUCCAGACCUGUCUCCCAUUGAAAAUGUGUGGCGCAUUAUGAAGCGUAAAAUACGACAACGGAGACCCCGGACUGUUGAACAACUGAAACGGUACAUCAAGCAAGAAUGGGAAAGAAUUCCACCUUCAAAUCUUCAACAAUUAGUCUCCUCAGUUCCCAAACAUUCAUUGAGUGUUGUUAAAAGGAAAGGUGAUGUAACACAGUGGUAAACAUGCCCCUGUCCCAACUACUUUGGCACGUGUCGCAGCCAUGAAAUUCAGAGUUAAUUAUUAUUGCCAAAAAAAAAAAAGAAGUUUAUGAGUUUGAACAUUAAAUAUCUCAUCUUUGUAGUAGUGUAUUUAAUUAAAUAUAGGUUGAAAAGGAUUUGCAAAUCAUUGUAUUCUGUUUUUAUUUACGUUUAUCACAAUUUCCCAACUUCAAUGGAAUUGGGUUUUGUAAUAUUACUAAUAGGAUUAUUGUGUCAAGUGAUUUUGAUGCUGGACCUAUUUAGGCUAUGGUAAUUUUGCAGCGUGUUUUGUCAGCGUUGCACAAGAUUGUUAUGAGGAGCCAAAAAUAGGGACUUUACAGACAGUAACCAAAACUGAAGGCUGAAAAUGCAGCAAACAAAAUUAUCUUAGAACAAAGUUGAACAUUGAUUCCAAGGAAAUUAUUUUAAAAAAUCGGACUGAAUUAUCAUAAAACAAGGAUUAUUAUUUGACAUUUUCAGUCAGUGUUGCUUAAAUCAAGGAUAAUAUUAAAUAUCAGAUUUAAAAUGAGAAAUUUACCCUCUCACAUUUGCCUUCAUUGCAGUGUAGAGAUUAUCUAAUCAGCUGUCUGCUUGCACACAAAGAUAUUCAGUCACUUUAGUACAUGUAAUCAGUCAUUUUCACCUCUGAUGUAUAACCUCGCGUUAAAAGGGCAUUUACUGACAGCUUUGGUUCAUUCGCACAAUUGCAAGAGAGUAGCUAAAAUUUUAGUACCUUUUAAGCAGCACACAUGGUGCAGAAAGUUAAAAAAAUCGUGCCAACAUCAUUGUUUUGACCCCUAGAUGGCAACCUUUAGACUGACGUGGCUUCUUGCAUCCACGUGUCAAUUGUAAAAUUAUGUACACUACCGUUUCCGGGUUCUUGUUAAAUUUUAUUUAACAAUAUCAUUUCUAAUAAAGCUAAUGGUUUUUACAGAAAAAUAGGAUCAAAAGAAAACUCAUAUUAGUUGAAAUUCAAAAAAAGUGUAAUACGGUCUGAAAAUGAGAAAGAGCAGUUACACGAAUGCUUUUCAAAUAACUUUACGUUUGAGGAAAAGUCAUCUUAUUUUGAAAGAACUACCGGAUGUAUAUAUUGUUCAGCCGUCAGCUUGACUCAGCUCAUCCUCUCCGUGGCAUCCCUGCUUCUGACAGGAUCUUAAAUGUACGACUCAAACCUGCGGCACCGAUUGAGGAUUUCUAGGCCCGUUUCCCAUCAAUGAAACAUCUAAAUAUGAGGAUCAACAGAUAAAAAGAAAAAGAAACACCUGGUAAAGGUUGGUGAGGUUUCUGGGACUGUUUUUCGUACAACGCGGAAAUUAGCCAGAUGUCUGUCUUGACAGAUGUUGCUAGCUAGCUUAGCUCAGCAUGCUAACAUCUUCUUUCUUGCACUCAGGUACUUUACUUGUUUAAGCUUGUUUGUCUUGUUUUGUGUUUUAAGAGAGGUUUAAUAACGUACAUUCACUGUUGUUUCGACAAAAUCACAUAUAAUGUUGUACCCAGUGAAAUGUUAUGAAACAGAGGAGAGAGGCACAGGUGAGGCACGUUGGCCUGUGUCAGGUUUCAGGCAGAGCUGCAAGGUUGACAGAGGAGUAUUUUAUAUAACCUUUAACUAUAUUCACAAAGAUAUGCUCUCAGUCUGAAGCAGUGAGGAUACGCUGUAGGUCUUGAGUCGACUCUCUUCAUGUUGCUGUUGUCUCAGGUACAUUUUCCUCUCAUUCAAAGACAGGUGAAAUAUAAGGACAAGGGUCAGAAACCACUGCUGAUGUGUGAAUGUAAAGCUCACUGAGUUUUACACUAAACCAUGAUUUCAAACCGAAGGGUGUCAUUUUCCAUCUUCUCUUAAACCUACAUAAAUGUGCCUUUGAAGCUCAUUAUUUAUCCUUAAUUUAAUUACUUAAUUGUGUUCGAGUAAGAGAGAAGAUAAGUCAACAUGCCAUUUACACAAUGUCCAAUAAAUGUUCUCAAAGCUCAAUAGCAGCAAGGAACAUUAACACACUUAACUCAACAAUACACCGAGAUUAAAAGUAAAAUAAGAUCAGAUUAACUUUAAUGCUGAACAUUUUGUUGUAAUGGAUAUUACCCUGGAGGCUCAGGAAACUCUUAAGUAUCUCUAAGACUCUUAAUGAAAAUGCACAAAGGGAUUGAUAGAAAAGAAAGCCUGUUUCUGCCCUCAUUUGACUUCUUUAAUCUCACAAGUAUCAGGAUUUUUUCUGCAAAGCCCAGUAUCCUGAGAGCCCUGCGCUGCAGGUUUGUGAUCUACAUAUUAAAUCCUGUCUCAGAAACUUGACGAUCAGGAAGCUGUCAGUCGAGUGUGACCUGAAAGAGGUUCCACAAGUCAGAUCAAUGUUUACAACUUUUUGGGUGUGGAGGGAAUUUAAAGUGACUCAGCUGCUGAGAGCCAGUAGAAACGCAUUAUGAUGUUUGUCAGAUUAUCCAUCAGGAGGAUUACAGAAAACAGAUGUUUGUGAUGUUUAUUGAAUGUGAGUAUUUCCGGCUUUUUUUACAUAAACACUUGAAGAUCCUCUCUAACUCACUGAGGGCAUCAGAACUAUGAAUGAACACAUGUGGAAUCAUGUGCUUAAGAAAAAAGUGUGAAAUAACUGAAAACAUGGUUUAUAUUUUAGAUUCCUCAAAGUAGCCACCCUUUGCUUUUUUGAAAGCGCUGCAAACUUUUGCUGUUCUCUCAAUGAGCUUCAUGAGGUAGUCACCUGAAAUGGUUUUUACUUCACAGGUGUGCCUUAUCAGGGUUACUUCAUGACACUAAGUACUUCUGUCAUCAAUUGUCAUGUCAUCUGUCAUCUAUUUUAAAGAAAUUAGAAUAUAAAACAUGUCUUCAGUUAUUUCACACCUUUUUUAUAAGUACAAAAUUCCAUGUGUUCAUAGUUUUGAUGCCUUUAGUGAUAAUCAACAAUGUAAAUAGUCAUAUAAAAAAAUAAAGAAAAGACAUUGAAUAAGAAGGUGUGUCCAAACUUUUGGCCUGUACUGUAUAAAAUGAGAGUUCACCAUUCAUCACAUACUAUGUCGUAUGUUGUGUUUACUUUAACCCCUCAAAGGAAUGUCACUUAUGAACUUCCUCAUCUGUGUUUUCUAUCUAGUCCCAGUUGAGUUCAGUAAAGAUGGAGUGACAAUGUUUGCUGUUGACUGAAUUCCACUCCGAGAAAAUCAAAAUGAAGAGAAGGCUGCUUCGUGGCUUCCUGUCGGAAGUUUCCAUCAGGAUGGCGCUAUUGGUGGUGUUCCUGUAAGUUUGACUCAUUUCCAUCAUUGCUUUGUGGAUCCAUAACAGAUAAGGCUAGCUAAGGCUAACAGCACCUGCUCUUUGUUCAUGUAGCAUAACAGAGCAGCUUCCGCCUUUCUUCCGUGAGAUCCAACCAGAAGAGAUGUGGUUGUAUAAAUUCCAUCGUGUGGAGAGAGACCACGUCCCAACCUCUCUUAUGUUUGUAAGUAAUAUUUCUGCAUUUCUGAUCACAAAGAAACAAGGGGAGUGCACUUUUCUAGAUUUACAAUUAUUUCUAAGGUUGUCGUGGAUUAAAAUUGCUAUUCUUAUCUUUUUGUAUGCUUAUUUUAGAGUGUGGCGGUUUUCACCCCACUGAUAGUAAUCCUUGUCUUCACCUCCAUGAAGAGGACAGAGAGAGGAGAUCUGAAGGAGGCCACACUUGGUAAGGAAGCUUCAAGCAAACGAUCAGUUCUUCAAUUUGAUUCAAUUAUGUCAGUUACUUAAAAUAGUUUAUUUAUUUGUUUUUUCUCUCCAGCUGUGACUCUGACCCUGGUGCUAAACGGCGUUUUCACAAAUGUCAUCAAACUCGUUGUUGGCAGGUAAAAAUGAAUCACAACAUACCGCGACAAUGUAAGCCAGUGUUCCAGCAGCUAAAAGCUUCAGUUAAUUACAUCUACAUUGUGUUUGUCUCUGCCCCCAGGCCGAGGCCAGACUUCUUCUAUCGCUGUUUCCCAGAUGGUCAGAUGAACCUGGAGUUGCGCUGCAGCGGUGACCCAGAUGUGGUCAUAGAGGGCCGGAAGAGCUUUCCAAGCGGACACUCUUCCUGUAAGAGCUUUUUAUGCUUGUUUUUGCAGCAUUUUCUCAAGUUGGCAACAAGGAAAGAGAAAUAAAAGCACAAAGUGAGGGCACAAAAUGUCACUAGAAAUAGUUGUUUAAGUGUACUCUACGUGAAGGCUCUUAUGUUCGAUGUAAAAGAAGAGAUCACCCCUCUUUACUCCAUUAUGUUUUGUUGUUUUCUCUUCAAGGUCUCUCUGUUUCUGGAUGAAAUGAUCUGUGGUUCUGAACACCCUGUCUCUCCUUUCUCUCUGGUUACAGUUGCCUUUGCCGGUUUGGGUUUCACAGCCCUGUACAUAGCAGGGAAACUGCGUUGCUUCAAUGCAGCAGGUCAAGGCAGAGCAUGGCGGCUGUGUGCCUUCCUCACCCCUUUACUCAUCGCAACAGUGAUCGCCCUUUCCAGAACCUGUGACUACAAACACCAUUGGCAAGGUCAGAGUCACAGAAAUGUCUGAAACGCUUCAAUGAAAUAAGUAGAAAUGACAUCUGUGACACAAAGCAGGGGAGGAUUCAGAAGGAAAAUAACAAUCAGAUAUUGAGACUGAAUUACUGUUUUAUUUAAUUUUACUGUUUAAGCAGCGUUUUAAAAAAUCUGGCAUCAUUCUGUUUUGGAAAGAGUGGAUUAUUUUCCUCAUGGUCAUUCGUAGUUAAGGGCAACCUACAUCUGUAUCACCAGUUUGGUUUAGCUCGGUUUGGUACCAUGAACCCUGCUUUUGCUUGAGUUUCUAUUGCCAGUUAUACCCUUACUUAGAAAGCGGAGUUAUCAGCGGUGUAGGAUGGUGACUGCUUCAUCAGCUUCAUCUCUUUAGGCCUAAAGCCAGUAAACUACUUACCCGAGGGUUCUUAAUGGGUAGAAUUGCAGCAGAUAAGAACACAUUAAAACCUGUGGUCCAUAUCCUGCAUGUUUCAGGCCACUCUGACUGAGAAACAUAGGAAUAAAAUUCAAAGAGUAAUUCAUCGUGUAACUUCCUCUCUUUGUAAGAAUAUGCCUGUACUUCAUACGGGGAUCGUUAGAUUUACAUUAACAAAGAAUGAGAACAAAGUAGGGUGUUUGAUGGUUCGUUUCCCUUAACCUUGUAUUUGUAUCCACAUUGGUCUCAGAUUUAUGGAGCCUCGCGGUACUUAAGGCAGCUGAGGAAGUCAUUUUGUAGUCACAUUUCACACAACACUGAGCCCUGCACCUUCAGAACCACUCUGCUGUCUGCUUUCAGGCUCACUACCUCUACCUCCCCAUCAUCCCUGUGUUUCUGUAUUUAAUUUUACAUGAGUUUAAAUAUUUCAGUGUCUGUUCAUGCUGAUAUAUGUCAGUUUCUCAGGCAGCCCCAAUAGCAGAGCCUUGUUUGUUCCCCUUGGUCUUUAAGUGGAAUAAAAGAACAAAAAUACCCCACAGGAUGUUCUCCUAGGAUGGGUUUUGUAAAGAAUGUAGGGGCACUAAACAUAUCUAGUUUAAAUAGUGAACUUUUUUUGUGCAUGCAGAAGAACAAAGCAGAGGGCUGAACAUUUUUCAGUGUUAGCAAGAAAUGUGAUUUUCUUUUUGUUCAUAUAGUGUUUGGAAAUUGUAGCAUUACAAAGCAUAGUGUUGCAGUAUUACUUAAUUAUGGUUAAUGAUAUUUUCAUACUGACCAUUUUAUGUGUGCUCUUUCCUUCUUCUUGUAGAUGUGCUGGUGGGUUCACUUCUGGGCAUGGGCUUCGCCUGGCUGUGUUACAGACAGCACUACCCUCCUCUUCAGGACCCUGACUGCCACAGGCCCGUGCGUCACAGAGACACUGUUCCCGCUGCACAGGAGCGCAAACUGGCCAACUCCAACUACAUCCUGCCCCUGUAGAAGAGCUCCAACUGGAUUAUACUGGUGUCAUUUAUACUGGGUUACAUGCUAAUUCUUCUAGGCCUGGUUUUCCUACCCUUGGAGGUGGGCAGUCCUUGAUAUUUAUUGUUUUAUUGUCAAUCUUUGUAAAUGUAUCGUGGGAUAGGCUUUUUUUUUCCGCAGGAAACUGACACUUGGGAUAACUUCGUAACAAGACUUUGUUCCUCUAAAUGGUUUUUGAAACACUUGAGAAUUGCUGUGAAUAUCCACUCCAGUGCAACAGUCCAAAGCAGUGAGACAUAAACAACCUGAAGUUUUGUUUUGAGCCCAAAUAGAUACAAUUGCACACAAAAUGUAUGCAUACAGCCCAGUCCUGCGCAUCCUUUGUAUUGUGCCUAUGAAUACUCUAAAUACUCACAACAGCUGAACAAAAGAACUACAAGAGCACUGCACCGAUUAUCCACUGCCCAUUUCUCUGGCUCUGCCGCUGAAAAAGUUCCUCAUGUAAGCGUCACAAUCUUUUUUUUUUACACAGAUUUCACAUGUGUGUACUGUUGGAUAUUUGGGUGUGGAAGUUUGCUAGCUUAUGACUUUUGGAGUUCAAAAAGGGUCAUGUAACACUUUACACAAUUUUGUGGUCAUUAUUGCCUGUUAUCAUGAAUAAUGGCACUGAACACUGAAUGGUUGCAGCUUCUGAAAUAAGUUUAGUUAAGGGAAUGAACAAGUUUGGGACUGUUACUAAUGAAUCAAUGAAUAUAGAAAAUUAAGGCAGAAGAUGAAAUAAUCAUGGUUAGAAAGAUGACUAGCUGCAGCCAAAGCUUUUGAAGGUCCACUUUUUAAUUCUUCUUUAUUUCACAUAUGUACAGUACAUGUGCACAGUGUACUUCGGUAUUUUCAUGGUUGCAUGAUGCCACUCACUGAAAAAGACUGAGAUAAUGUUCAAAUCAUAGGAAAGUGGACCAAGAUUGUGUGAACAGAUAGUUUGGUUCUGCAGAGCAGAUUCCUCUUUUCAGAUUGUUUUGGUGAAAAUCCUGGGAUGUGUUAGUCUUAGUAAGAUUACAGCUAGCUUUUGCAUGUUAUAAAUCUUAAUUAUUGUAAACAGAUUCAAUUCAAAGGUCGGAACCAACCAUGUAUUUUAUCAGCUAGCUUCUUCCACUUCCCUACCCUGUCUGUGACUCUUCUCUAAACCACUAAUAUCAUAUUUAUGUUGUACUCUAACAAGGUACCUGCUCAGUGGUGAUCAUGUGACUUCAAACACCAACCAACCACAUUUUCUUAUGCCACUCACCUUACACUUUGACACAGGAGACAGUGGUGUUGCUUUGAAAAGAAAAAGAAAUGCAAAAUAUACAAAGUACAAUGCUGUGAAUAUCCAGUAGAAAGGGUUUAUUGUUGAUUGUGUUUAUGAGUUUAUGACAAUAAUGAGAAAAAGCACUGGAUUUAUCCUUGAAGGAGAUGACUGUCACAGUAUUUACUGUUACCUCUGACUUAGGGAAACGUGUGUUUUAUUUCUUAAUGUGCAUCAACACAAGUCUGAAAGCACCAGCUUGGUUGCCUUUGAGUGUAAAGCAGGUAUGAAAACCACUAAAGACACAUCAUGUUUUUGAUCUCCACAGUUCCACUUGUUUCUUCAAAUCUUUCUGUCUUCCUCUGUUAUCUUUUGAAAGUUUCCAUCCACAGAAUGGAUUUGGAAAUCCACUCCUCAAUGUAAACGGCGUAAUGUAGCAUUUCCAUGUCUCCUCUCUUAAAUGAUCCGAGGCAGCACACCUGCUAAUCACAACUUCAAAUCUAACUGUACAGACUUAAAGGUUGAGUGUUUCAGUGGUCUCAGGCUUAUUGUAAGUCUGCUUUUAAUUACUGUUCAGAGAUAAGACUGUAUGUAACCUCUCCAGGUGAUGGUGCUAGCCUCCCAGUGCUCCUGCUGGUCAGGUUUUCUAUCCUGUUAAUACUUUUAUUGCUGAGUAAAGUCUGGUGGGUUAGAUUUUUUUGUUUUAUUAAAGACGGAGAACACUGCAGUCUGUGGUUGUUUUAUGUUUGUGGACUUUUGGUUUGUUUCUGUUGUCUUCUGUCUUUUGUAAAUACUUUUUAAUUGGGAAAAAAUAUGAUAAAUUUCACUCUGAUGUGACUGUUUUUGCAGGUCGAAACACAAAACAGACUAACCUCUUCUGUUUGUGUUUUCCUUUGGAACCAGCCAAAGUUUUGCAGGGUCAGAAAAAAGCACUUUUUGCUCAUCGCUGUGAUUCAGGCUUCAAUCAGCAGGAUCUCAGUGGUUUUAGACCAAACUUGGCAGAAAAAAUGAUGAAUUGUGCCUUUGUUUACAACAUAACUUUUGCUGUUCAGUAAUGAAUGAAGCAUAUACUGCAUGUUACAGUGAAUGUUCACUGACAUGUUGUGGAAACAAAUAAGUUAUUCAGUUUGCUUUCUUGCUUUGCAGUUUGUAGGAUUCAGUUGGGGUGGUACUACAUGAUGUUAAAAAAAUUGGCAUGCAGCCUUUCUUUACCUCAGAAAAUUAGUCUUUAAUUUAUUUUGGUAUUUUGGGGCUCAGUGGAUUAAAAUGUGAAGUUUUCAGAGUGGAAUCAUGUCAAAGAAAGAUCUCUUUUGCAGUUUAUUUUAAAUAAAUGUAAUUCAUGAAGGGAUUUUUGUGAUUUUGUACAGGUCUAAGUGUAUUUUUGAUUUUUGGGCAUGUAUGGGUUCACUUGACUUUUGAUUACAUGUGUUCUUUUUUCGUUAAUGUGAUGAUCUUAUGUCCUAAAAGUAGGAAGGCACCUGGGUUAAAACAAAAACAAAACAAAAACCAUUAGAGCCUGCUGCAUUUUGAUAUCAUUCCUGCAUGUGUCGCACAUCAAGAGCAACAAACUGUAUUUCCUUCCUAUCAAACCUGCCCAUUCCAGUCUUUUUAUUUAACGUACGAGUUACUGUAUCAGGUCUGCUUCAGAUCCACUGUCAUGAAAAGGGAUUAUGCUUAAAAAAAAACAUGCCUGUUUGCUUUAUUGAUGUCAUCAUGAUUUGCCUUGGCUUGUAGGAGCACAUAGCAGCAGUUCAUGCUGGUACAGUUUCCUGAUUGUACAUGUUGUGAUGCUUUUAAUGACUUUUUGUGACACUCGAUGUUUCUACAUAAUCUUACAAUAUAUGCUGCCCUUUGCAUAUUUCUCUGAGUCUGUUUUUUAUUUUAUUUAUCAGGUGUGUUUGAUGAUUGGAGGCCAACAGAAUGAAAUAAGUGUCAUACAGAUGUGUUCAUUAUUUGAUCACUCAGUUUGGAGAUGUAGCAACUGAAGUGUAGAGCAUUCAUUGUUGGAGCACAAGUUAAUUAUAUUUAAAACAAAAAUUGGUAACGGUUUGUGAUCCUUAUUAAUACCUCAAACAAUUAGCUUAAUGGUAAGAGUUUACACCCUGUAGAGAUGUAAUGCAGGGGACCAGGUGGGGGACAGAGGCAGGGUCGGAGUGGGUUGGAUAAAGAGCUUAUUCAGGAAAAGUUACCUUUUAUUGUUUUUAUCAUUGUUUGUUUAUACAAAUGGAAAUACUUAGUUUGUAUAAAUACAUCCCAGUAAGAAAGUUGUCUUAAAGUGCAACUUUUGUCCCAAAUUGUGGCACAGAAGUGACAGAAAAAGAGAAAAACCUUAAGUUAAUUAAUGGAAAAUAUAGACAAGUGACUUUCAGAGUGAUAUUAGAAUUCAUUAGGCAGAAAUCUCUGAAAAAAAAAACACCUAGUAGGGGAGAGUGGGGUAAGAUAAGCCAAUUUUUCAUAUUUCUUUUUUCAUAUUAGUGAUAUUUCAGAUCACUACAUCAAACCAACAGAAUGAGUGUAAACAUAACUGUCUUGAUAAUAUAGCAUGCCAAAAAAAGUGGUCUCCUAUGGUCAACUUACCCUGUGUAUGGGGUAAGUUGACCAUAGGAGUGGGGUAAGUUGAGCCGUAUCCCUACUACCCCCCAACUCUCCCCCCCAGCCCUCCCUCACCUUCUCUCUCCCUAAAUAACAGUCACUUCUUCACAUUCAUGUGUAUUUUUAUCUAUUAUACCUAUUCAACUGGUAGAAUAAUUAUUUUUAUUAUUAUUGCAUAAAACUGCUAAAAAGCUGUUUUGUAAAAAGUCAUUUUAACAUGAGAAUGUCUUUAAGUGAUUCAGAACAUUCACAGCUGUAUUCUUGAAAAGAAAAAGUAACACAUUUCAACAAUCUGAACUGAACCUCUGAUCCUCUCAUCAGACUUCUUUACUUUAUCAGUUGACCCACUGGCUCAACUUACCCCAGAACUAUGAUUAUGUUUUUAUUAGUCCUCUCAGCUAAAAUGGUGGACUUUAGUUCUAGGUUUUUUGACCUCAUGUUGUAGAAAAAAAAUUAAAAUGAUCUUUUUUGGUCUGAACACAAUUCUAAUAAAACUUAUGACAGACUAA